AGAAACAGACAGAGAGAGAGAGAGAUACAGAGAGAGAGAGAGAGAGAGAGAGCUCUGCGGUUCUUUGUGACGGAUUUCACUCGUCAGCUGCAUCACCUGAGCUGUGACUGUAACGCUGUAACUCACCUGUCAGUCACACACACGCCUGAUGAAUCUGCAGCACCACCCGCUCCUCCUCCUGCUGAUGACCUUUCACCUCAGCAUCACCAUGGGAGGACGAGCUCAGCGCAGACAGAGGGAGGCGGAGGAGUUACUGAAGCCGUAUCUGGGCAGAGUCGAUCCCGGUGAGAGAGACACUCACAUUAACUCAGCAGGUUUCCUAUGUGAAUUGCUGAAAUGCCGCAGUCCUGUGGGUUCCUGGUGUCAGGUGAUGAAGGACGGAGGAGUUUUAGUGCCAAAGUGUGUGUGUCCUACAACCUGUCCACGGCAGGGGGCGCCAGUGUGCAGUGUUCUGGGAAAGACCUACAGUAACGAGUGUCUCCUUCACAAAGAGGCCUGCCGCAAAAAACGCCGCAUUGGAAAAUCCCACAGCGGGACGUGUUUAGUCUCUGCAGAUGUGUGUUCAGAGCAGGAGUUCGGUCAGUUUCCGUUCCGUCUGCUGGACUGGUUCCUGCUGCUGAGCCGAAUGGGGGAGAGAUACACUGCAGCUCCAUCACAGCAGUGUCUCACACACACACACAGAGUGGAGCUCGCAGAGAGGAGGUUUAAGAUGCUCGACCGUAACAGGGAUGGUAAACUGAGCAGGAUGGAUCUGAGGAAGCUCCAUUAUAAGAGGAUGCCUCUCGAGCACUGUGCUAACACAUUCUUCCAGUCAUGUGACAGGAACAGGAAUAAGAAGGUCAGUCUGAGGGAGUGGACAUCAUGCUUGGUGAAUCGCUCAGAACGCUGGUUCCAGGGUUUCAUGUCGGUGAAAAUGGGAUCUCCGAAACUGUGUCCAGCUCCAGAAAACCAGCUUUAACUCCACGUUCUUCAUCAAUAACUCCAGCUUAAAAUCCACAUUCUUCAUAAAGAGAGCAAGAUUUAACUUGUUCAUAAAGAAAUCAGGACCAACAAGAAGCUAAAAUAUAUAUUUUUUACUUUCAUUUACUGUAAUGUACUGUUGCUGGUUAUUUGUACUGACAUAUAAAGUAAUUAAGUUUUGUAUUAAUUAACACUAACCCUAUUGUAUAUUGACCAAUAAAAGC